GUUUGGGACUCAGCUGAGGGUGUGGGUCCCCGCGGUUGGGGCUGAGCCUCCUCGGGGUGUAGGGAGACAAAGGGACCCAGAUCCAAGUCGCCUCUUUCCUGCUUUAGGAUUCGGUGCCUUGGCUGUCUGCUAGUCCAUGUGCCGUCUUAUCCCCCGAUUCUCCUUCUAGUGGACCGUCAGAGAAGGGUGUGGACUCUGAGCCUCAGAAACAGGAGCUGAUACAGAAGAACCAAGUGUGAUAUUGAAUCUGCUAGACAGGUUCCUGGAGCAAGAGUGAAGAGAUCACGGUCCCAUCAAUGGGACACUUUAGAUAUGACUUGGAAUGAACAGGAAAAGGCUGAACGUUUUACAGAUAACUUUUGUAAUGCAUGUGGAGUGGUGCUGCAGUUUGAAUCACAAAGGAUUUCACAUUAUAAGAGUGAAAAACAUGCUCAAAAUGUUAGGUUUUAUUUUCAAAUGCAUGGGGAACAAAAUGAAGUGCUUGGUAAGAAAAUGAAGAUGGAUGUUAGGAAUUUUCAGGUGCAUAGGAAUGAAGUAGUGGACAGAAACAAAUUUUGUGAUCUCUGCAACAUGAUUUUUAGCUCCCGAGUUGUUGCUCAGUCUCACUAUUUGGGGAAAGUCCAUGCUAAAAAACUGAAGCAAUUAAUGGAGGAACAUGAUCAGGUAUCUCCAUCAGGAUUUCAGCCGAGGAUGGCAGGUGUGCGUAUUACUACUUCUGCAGAGUCAACUUUUCUGAAGCCCCAUGCUGUCAAGCCUCCUCCAGGUGGGAUUAAAGACAAGACUAUGCCUUCCUCUUCCAGCACUGCUUUGGAUUUGAAUAAUCCAAACAAGUAUUGCAAGCUCUGUCCUGCUUCCUUUAAUAGUCCGUUAAUGGCCCAACAACAUUAUGUUGGGAAAAAACACAAAAGAAGUGAAGCUAGGAAGAAGUUUGUAGACAAGAUAAGAGAGAAACCUCUUCCAGCAAAAUCAGAUGCAAAUGCAUUUAGUAUGAGAACAUAUGUUUGUCACAUUUGUAAUAUCACCUUUACAUCUUUGGAAAUGUUCCGGUCCCAUAUGCAAGGAAGUGAACAUCAAAUUAAAGAAGCUAUCGUUAUCAAUCUAGUGAAGAAUUCAAAGAAGACACAAGACUCUUACCAAAAUGAAAGUGCAGAUUAUAUCAAAGUUCAGAAAGUCAGAGGACCAGAGCCCAAGACUUGUUUCAGAAAGAUGGAAGAGAGUGUUUUGGAAACCCGUGGGUACAGACAAGUGAUUGAUUCCAGAUUCAGACAUAGAAUGUUUGAAGGGAGGCUCCCAUGUGAGACUUUCCAGACAUACCCAAGAUCAUGCAGUAUUUCACAAACAGUGGAAAACCAGUUACCUCAUUGCUUACCAGCUCAUUCAAAGAAGACAUAUGACUCUUUUCAAGAUGAACUGGAAGAUUACAUCAAAGUGCAGAAAGCCAGAGGAUUAGAUCCAAAGACUUGUUUCAGAAAGAUAAGAGAGAGCUCAAUGGAAACCCGUGGGUACAGAGAAGUUGAUUCUGGACCCAGACAAAGAAUGAUUGAGCAAAGGUUUUCAUUUGAGACUUCUCAGACCUACCAGCGACCAUACAAUAUCUCACCAGUAGAAAGCCAGUUACAUCACUGGUUACCAACUCAUUCAAAAAGGACAUAUGACUCUUUUCAAGAUGAGCUUGAAGAUUACAUCAAAGUGCAGAAAGCCAGAGGACUAGAGCCAAAGACUUGUUUCAGAAAGAUAAGCGAUAGCUCUAUGGAAACCCUUAAGUACAGAGAAGUGGUUGAUUCCAGACCCAGACAUAGAAUGUUUGAGCAAAGACUCCCAUUUGAGACUUUCCAGACCUACCCAGGAUCAUACAGUAUUUCACAAGCAGUGGAAAACCAGUUACCUCAUUGCUUACCAGCUCAUGACAGCAAACAGAGACUAGACUCUAUAACCUACUGUCAAUCGACCAGAGACUGUGUCCCAGAAAAACCAGUACCUCUGAGCCUUAGUCAUCAAGAAAAUAACUCUGGCUCAUACAGUGUAGAAUCUGAAGUUUACAAGCACCUCUCAGCAGAAGACAAUACCACUGACCAUCAAGCAGGUCAUAAACGGAGACAUCAGAAGAGAAGAAGGCACCUGGAGGAAGGCAAAGAAAAGCCAGAGAAGGAGCAGUCCAAGCAUAAAAGGAAAAAGAGUUAUGAAGAUACAGAUCUAGACAAGGACAAGAGCAUCCGGGAAAGGAAAAGAGAGGGAGAUAAAGUCAGUGUCAGUUCAGAAAAGCUUAAGCAUCGAAAAAAGAAAAAAAGCCAUGGUGUAACCUCUGAGAAAGAAGAACGUAAGCACAAGAAAGAGAAAAAGAAAUCUGUUGAAGAAAAGACGGAAGAGGAAAUGCUUUGGGACGAGUCUAUUCUUGGAUUUUGAACUUUUAUUGUUUACUGGAGGAUAAAGUGAAGAAAUCGGUUAAGAAUAUGGAUUUGGAUAAAGACAGGCACAUCUUGAGAUAAAGACAUGAAUUUAGAUAAAGACAAUGAAUAAAAGGAGAAGUGGAUGCAGUCAGUUUAGGAAAGCUUAGUGUUUUCAUAAAAAUUGAAACCGAAUUGAAAGAAGAAACAAACUUAAGCCUAACCUCUGAGAAAGAAGAACAUAAGAGAAAAGAAACCUGUUGAAGAAAAGACAGAAGAGUCAAUGCUUUGGGAUGAGUCUGUUAUAGGAGUUUGAACUUUUAGUUUUGUUUACCCAAGGAUCAGUUGAAGAAAUCAGUUAAGAAAAUGGAUCUAGACAAAAGCAAAAGCAUCUCAUGAAGAAAAGAAGUGGAUACAGUCAGUGUCAGUUCAGGAAAGCUUAGUGUUUUUGCAUAAAAAUUGAAAUUGAAUUGAAAGAAGAAACAAACAAGUCUAAACCUAGCCUCUGAGAAAGAAGAACAUAAGAACACAAUAAGAACAUAAAAGAAAAGGAAGCCUGUUGAAGAAAAACAGAAGCAUCAAUGCUCUGGGAUGAGUCUGCUUUGGGUUUUGAACUUUUUAAUUUUAUUCCCUUAAGAUUGAAUUGGAGAAAUAAGUUGAAGAGUUUGGUUUCAUCAAAUUCAUCUUAUUUGAAUUUUCCUAAGUGGACAGUUACUUUAACCUCUAACAAAAGCAAAGUGAAGUAAAAGUAUUCAAUAUGCCUUUUCCUCAAGUUACUUUUCCUCAUUUUCUUAAAAAGAAAAAUUACACAUUUCAUACAUAUAGUGUAAUUUCCCUUAAUGAGGUUGUCUCUACUUCUGUUCAUCAAAUUGCUGUGAUAGUGAAUUAUUUACCCCUGGAAGAUAAUUUAUUUUAAAUGAGAGAAUUACCAGGCAUUACUGAAUCCAUUCCUUGUUUGGGUUUGUGUUGGUGUUGGUUGUAUUUUGUUGUUGUUGUUGUGUUUGUUUAUGUUUCUUGGUUUUAUCCAAGAAAAAUGUAUGAAGCAAUUGAGACUGAUUUUUUGUUUGUUAAAUCUAAUUUGCAGUGUAUUUUUGUAUUUUCUAGUUCUGAAAGUGGAAAAUUAAACAGUCUAUAAUAAACUUAGAUGAUAUAUAGUUUUAAAAAGCUCUUAAAAAGUACUGAUACAAAAUCAGUCUAUAUUCU